AUGUCUGACAACAACCAGAUUCACCCGUACCAGCUUCUUGACAUUGAUGAACGAGUCAAACGCGUUCUGCGUAACACGCCGCUUGCAGACGGACAUAAUGAUCUCCCUCAGCAACCAAGAUGCUGCUUCAAAGGCAAAAUACACAACAACUCCAAAUUCGAUCUUGAAAAAGGGUUCCAACGCGGCAUGACCGACUUGCCACGUCUAAAACAGGGUGCCGUGGGUCUGCAGUUCUGGUCAAUUUGUGUACCUCAUCUUCGUGGCUCCGAGGACUUCGCGCUACCUCAAUAUAACGAUAUGUGUCGUGAUGCUAUUGAGCAAAUCGAUUUGUCUAUCCGUAUGGUCAAGCAAUAUCCCAAGGACUUUGAACUUAUCUUUGGUCCGGAGAAUGUCAGAAAGAUAUACCAAUCAGGAAAGAUUGCUUGUUCGAUUGGUUUGGAGGGAUUGCAUCAGGCUGGAAAUUCGAUUAGCGUCAUCAGAGCUUACCAUCGGUUGGGUGUAAGAUAUUGCACCAUGACGCACGUCGAGAAUAAUGCUUUUGCAGACUCCUCCACGUCCAAGGUGGGGCCGAUCCAUGGAGGGUUGUCGAGUCUGGGCAAAGCAGCAAUCAAAGAGAUGAACCGACUAGGCAUGAUGGUCGACCUUUCCCAUGUCUCACCGGAAGCAGCAGAACAAGCUCACCAAUGUACGGUUGCUCCUGUCAUCUUUUCUCACAGCAAUGCACGCAGUAUCUUCGACUGUCCUCGUAAUGUGCCAGACUCGGUUCUCGAUCUUGUGCCUGCCAACAAUGGAAUAGUCAUGGUCACUUUCGUACCCGAACAUCUCGCAGCCAGGAGAUCUGAAGCCACAGUAGACAUGUUACUGGACCAUCUGUUCUACAUGGCGACUCGCAUUGGGUGGGAGCAUGUUGGUCUCGGAUCGGACUUUGACGGCAUUGCGUCUGUCAUCCCUGGUCUCGAGGAUUGCUCUCGCUUCCCUGCCUUACUGCAAGCUAUCUUGGACCGUGGCGCUACAGAGGAGCAACUCGCACUAGUUGCAGGAGAGAACAUACUCCGGGUGUGGACAGAGGUUUCUCGAGUUGCUGAGCGAAUGCAGGAGGACGGAGUGACCCCUGUAGAAGACGUGUGGGAGGGUCGAGAGUUCUGGAGGUAUGAUGGAUUUUAUCAGAUGCCUGAUCCUGAUCCUGAGGAUAGCCUGGGCCUUGACUGGUAUGGCGUCAAACCUCCUGAGGAGGGGUUGUAUCAUGAUUAG